GGCUCCUAUUGGAGGACACCGUUGCCAUGCGUGAGGCCGCCAAGGCGUCGAUGCCCCGCCUCCCUGCGCACUCUGAUUGGCUGCAGGGGCGCCGAGGUCGGCUCCUAUUGGCGGAGGCAGCCGCGCGGGGUGGGACCGAGUCGGGGUCAAACCCCGCCUCCCUCCGCGCUGAUUGGCUGCAGGGGCGCCGAGGGCGGCUCCCAUUGGCGGAGGCGAUGGCGGGGCUGGGAGCGGAGCUGGACGCGGAGGCGCUGGCGCUGAUGGAGGCGCUCGAGGCGCUGCAGGAGCGGAGGCAGAGCCUGGAGAGGGUCCUGCGGGAGGGGUGGCUCUCGCUCUCCCAGGCCCGCUACUCCCUGGGCUGCCACCGGGUCUCGGCCCUGCAGUACGGGGCCACCAUGGAGCCGAGGGUGCGGGUCCUGCCCAGGCAGGACCCGGGGGCCCCCCCCCGCUUUGAGGAGGUGCCGGGGAGUGGGGGGGACCCCGAGGACCCCCAGGAGGGGGAGGGCAAAGGGUUGCGCCAGCGCCGGGGACCCCCAGAGAAAGGGGGGGCCCCCCCCCGCCCCCCCCCGGACCCUUUGACCUGGUUUGGGGUCCUGGUGCCCCUCCCCCUGCGGAGGGCGCAGGGCUCCUUCAGCCAAGCGGUGUCGCUGGCGCUGGACGUGGCCGCGCUGCAGAGCGCGGUGGCUGCGGCGGCCGCUCGGUACCGGGCCCUGCUUGGGGGGCAGCGGCGCCCCCGUGCGGACACCGAGGGCAGCGCCGGGAGCAGAGAUGAGCUGGAGCUGCACGAAGACCCUGUGGGUAACGUGGAGCCUGUCUGCGGGUGACAGUGACGUCACCGCUCGGGAUGGUGACGUCACCGCUCACGACAGUGA